UUAUAUUGUAUUUCUAUAUAAUUAUCAUUAAUGUCUUAUUUUAAAUGUAUGGGUAAUUUUCGCCACAGUUAAUCCACAAAACCAACCGUUCCAACUUCCAACAAUAGUCUGUCCGUAAAGAUCAAAAGGGCAAGACAUUGUCGGAAAAUGUUUUGCUUUUGCUAAAGAGAAUGUAGAACAGGUAGCUAGGGAGCCUGCUUUUAGAGGAAUAAACACACAAUUGUUUGUUUCUUCCUCUACCCACAACCUCCUUUCACAAAAUCUUGUUUUUUCUUCUUUUUCAUCAAAACAAAAAACCCAGAAAAAAAAAAUAUAUUUAAAAAAAACAAAAGGAAAAUUUUGUGCUAUUUGUGUGAAUUGGGAGGGAUGAGAAAUCAAGAUUUUGUUGCUGCGCCCCCAAAAUGGAUGGGGCCUCCAAACCUGACGAAGAAGAGGCUUUAUCAAGUUUGGAAGGGUAGAAAUAUUUUUUUGUGUGGUGGGAGAUUGAUCUUAGGCCCUGAUAUGUGGUCAGCCCUGCUAACUACCAUCAUCAUAGGGGGGCCUGCAUUAGCAUUCUGUAGCAAGAUGUAUCUGAAAAUUCCGACACGAGACUUGUCUUCCGGUCAUGCUGUGUCGAUUGUGGGACUUGUCCUAACACUUUUGGAUUUGAUCUUUCUCUUCAUCACAUCUACGAGGAAUCCCGGGAUAAUUCCUAGGAACACGAAGCCACCUAUCUCAGAUAACACGUCAUUAAGCUCCUUCCCAUCCAUAGAGUGGAUUGCUGAUGUGAAUCCAGAAGUGAAACUGCCAAGAACAAAGGAUGUCGUUGUCAAUGGCCACACGGUUAAGGUCAAGUACUGCGAUACUUGCUUGUUGUACCGUCCACCACGCGCAUCACAUUGCUCGACUUGCAACAAUUGCAUCCAGAGAUUCGACCACCAUUGCCCCUGGCUGAACCAGUGCAUUGGAGCUAGGAACUACGCCACGUUCAUCUUGUUCAUAACAACCUCAACAAUCUUGUGCUUGUAUGUCUUCACAUUCUCUUUCUUGGACCUCUUCAAAAAAUCCAGUUGGACGUGGAGCCUGUUUUCAAACGACGUGAUGUUGGUUUCCCUCAUCGUCUAUAGCUUCAUCGCAGUCUGGUUCGUUGGAGGGCUCAGCGUCUUCCAUUACUACCUCAUCUUCACCAAUCAGACAACAUAUGAGAAUUUCCGAAGCCUGUAUGGCAAGAGGGAGAAUCCAUACAACAUAGGAGCGAUCAAGAAUGUAGAGGAGAUCCUCUUCUCCAAGACGACGCCAUCUCUUGUGAACUUCCGGGAAUGGGUGACCGAAGACGAAGGUACGUUUGCAGAAUCUGUGACCAAGAGAUACGGUGGCAACAUCAACGGACAGAUAGACGUGGAGCAAAGCUUUUACGGCAAGGAUGGGAAACCGCUCCCAAAAUUUGUGGACAUAUUUGAGGAGAAUCCCAAGGUGGACAGAGGAGGUAAGUCAGCAACUGAUAAUUUCUUCCUUCCCUUCGACGACGAUCAAAGAACGGGCGCCUCCGAUGAUGAGAUCUCGCAAAGAACAUCAAUGGCUGUAUCUCAAAAAAUGAUGUAAAAUUUGAAAAUCCAUUUUUCAUUUUCUGUUUUGUGGAUUGAUGUAGUCUGGGUAGAUGUGAUACAAUGAUGUGCUCAUGAAAAAAAGAGAUGGUUGCGUUCUAACUUCUAAAUAUGUUC